UUCAACAACGUGGCUCGAUAAGUGUUGUCUCGGCGAUCCAGAUAAACCGCGAGCACCAGGACGAAGGACGAUGAGGAGCAGCAAGGCGACGGCGAUGCCGCCCCUGCUCGUUCGAUCUUCGGGAAAGUGGUCGAACGUGGUCGGUCAGGAAGUCCGAUAGAAUACCCGAUUCGCCUCCGGUACGAAUGUUAUUCAUCGCCGCGGAAUCCACAGGUAUCCUAGCGGCGUCCUCCUUCAAUCGUGUUCCGUCGACCAGCUCUUCUACACCCGUUCGUUCGUCCAGUGAAUUCUACCCAUAGAACUGUCGAUUUAUUCCGUAACGCGUGUGAAUUGUUUCAAGUGCGUUCGUUUGAUUUCACGAUUCAUCGAGAGCGAAGAUCGAUAGGAGGAAUCGAGAAAGGCACGGCGAUGGAUUAAGGGAGGCGUAAAUUGCGCCUGGCUGGUAAUACCAGAGAAGGACUAGACGCGAAUCGGGAAAAGAAUGUCCGGUGUAAUUGCUUUCGAUUGUGCGCGAUCGAAUGGAAAGCACGCUGGGCUUUCACGAAUUCUGCCCGACCAAAGAAUUCCCGGCGUUCGACGUUAGAAUAGUUAAAUUUCUUGCUGGGACGAAUUCAGCAUCGAUUGGCCGGAUCGAGGAUCGACCGGUCUAGUUUCAAACAACGCCAACUGAUGCCCAAUUAAAACGAUCAUCCUGGCGUGGUUUAAAGCAAUCGACGUGAUCGUUUAACGUAGUAAAGCAGGAAGGAUAAAGUCUGUUCGGGAAAGUCGGAUGAAAGGAACUUUGCGUGGAACGAGGUUCGCGGGAAACGUAAUAAAUCGAGACGGCACAAUGUCAACGCUUUCGAACCCAUCCACUGGUAUGAUGCGAGGUUUUUGAUCUGGUUGCUGAAAAAUAUUGAAUCGAUGUUCCGUUGGUGGGUGAAUGGCGGGGCUUAGGACGACUUCCGUGUAUCCUAUGGUCGGGUUGCGCUGCUCCGGAUCAUCCCUCUGAUACACACGCGGAACAGACAGAGAGAAAACGGUCGGGGAGGGGUGAGGAUAGGCACUCGAUAGACUCCGGCACUCGACACGUCUUGCGCAGAAUAUGAGGAAGACACGAGGAGAACUUGACGACGAACGCGUGACACCAUGAGGAAAUUCUCUCGUGAAUCGAGUUACAGUUGGAUCCCUUCUUGUUAAACUCGACGAUACGCGUCGUUAUAUAGUCUUGUGCGAGGACUAGAGGAGUGUUUGUGUAACCGGUCGGAUCGAAGUAACACCAACGCGACGAAUAAUCAUGGAUAAAGUUUAUUCUACAGGCAAAGGUGUCACGAGCUUGCUCGAUGAGAUUCACGACGAGGGAUUUCAAUGAUACGCGUCUGAGACUGGGGUGGUCGCGGUGAUCGGCGUGAGGGAAAGCGGUCGGUCGGUCGCGUGGAGGAUCUUAUCGGUUGUCGCGCGCGAUACGGUGCGUCGCGCAGAAGGAACAGCCGGAACGAAAGGCUCGGACCCGCGGGCUUAGAUAACGGCCACGAGGAUGCCAGACAAAGUCGAGGGAACGGGAGCACAGCCAAGACGUUUCAAGAUCUCGUGAUCGGUAUCAGAACAGCGGGGACCACGAAAUGGCCAGCAAGACGAACGAGUCUUUCGUUAGGUCCAUCCUGAGGAACCUGUCGUUGGACCAGACGCAACGUCCAACCGAUAUGUUCACGGUGAACGGGACGAAAGACGCCGGGAUCGUGCGCGACGAGGAGAUCGCGCUGAACGAUGUCCUCUCGAAAAGCGACAAAGACGAUUCGAGCAGCGGCAUCGAGUUAGGUUGGUACAAUGACUCGACGACGAUCGCUUCGACGCUAUCCGGUUUCCUAUUCGGUGUCCCAUCGUCGUCGUCGUCGUCCUCGUCCCUGUUUUCCUCGUCGGCCAGUUCGGAAAAUUACACCGGCAUAUCGGACCUGUUCGUCUUCGAAGACCUGAACGAUUACAUCAAUCGGCUGAAUUACAGCGCUUUCGCUAAUUUGACGGCCUAUUACGACGGAGGGGCUAAUUCGAGCGUGAACGGGAGCGUGAAUUGCACGUCGUCGAUAGUCGCGGGCGGGGGAGUAGCGCGAGUCAACGAUUGCGCAGCGGCCGACGUGGACGAGAAGACAAACGCGAACAGCUGGUGGGCACUGAUCCUGGUGAUCGUGCCCUGCUUGACGCUCUUCGGUAACGUGCUCGUCAUCCUCGCCGUGGUUCGAGAGAGGGCUCUGCAGACCGUCACAAACUACUUCAUCGUCAGCUUAGCUGUCGCCGAUCUGCUGGUCGCUGUGCUCGUCAUGCCGUUUGCCGUCUACGUUUUGGUAAACGGAUCGUGGAGCUUGCCCGGCUUCGUCUGUGACUUUUACAUCGCGAUGGAUGUGACGUGCAGCACCAGUUCCAUCUUCAACCUGGUCGCGAUUUCGAUAGACAGAUACAUAGCGGUGACCCAGCCGAUAAAAUACGCCAAGCACAAGAACAAUAGAAGAGUGUGGUUAACGAUACUGUUGGUCUGGGCGAUAUCGGCCGCGAUCGGCAGCCCGAUUGUUCUCGGCUUGAAUAACACCCCCGACCGAAUACCGGACCAAUGCCUGUUCUACAAUGCCGACUUUAUCAUCUACUCGAGCCUAUCCAGCUUCUACAUACCUUGUAUCAUCAUGGUGUUUCUCUAUUACAACAUAUUCAAGGCGCUACGGAACAGGGCGAAGAAAGCGAGGGCCAACAGGAAACCAAAUUUGGGCGACAUCAAACCGGGGAGUAUAAUCGAGAAUAUCGCGCACACGCGCAGUGGGUAUUCUGUGGCAAGGUUUGCGGAGACCGCGCUGGGAGCGGCCGCACUCGUGGCUCCUGGUAUGGAAGAGCCGACGAACACGGCGUCCGGAAGCAACGAGGACGAGGACGAGACGCCCCUUGAUCCUGUCGUGGUCAUCUCGAACGACAAGAGCACCGAGUUCUUUUUAGCCACGGUCGUCGAGGAGGCAGCUUGUCGUUUCAGCGCAGUGGCUCAAGCUCAGCUGGGCGGAACGCAGCACGCGAGAAAGGACUCAGGAUACGAGGGUGCGGCGAGUACCACCCUCGCUCAGGAACAGCUCGAAACGAAUUCCAGUCCGAGUCCCAAUCCGCGAAUCGCCUCGGCUCCUUCGUCCUCCACUUCCUCGUCGCCGCCGCCGAAAAGCGCGAUCGUCAGUCAGACCUCGCAGUCGAAGAAGAACGGCGCCGAGACGAACAAACAGGAGCUGAAGAGGUUAAAGAGCGCCAGUGCUCUUCUUCCUCUUCAGCUCGGACGAACUCCCAGCGUGUUAUCAGCCUCGUCAACCUGUAAAAAGGAUAAGAAGAACGCCGCAGCAGGGUCCCGGUUCACGAUAUACAAGGCCAACAAGGCGAGCAAGAAGAAACGGGAGAAAAGCUCGGCGAAAAAAGAAAGAAAAGCUACCAAGACUCUGGCCAUUGUUCUAGGUGUCUUUUUAAUCUGUUGGCUACCGUUCUUCACCUGCAACAUCAUGGACGCACUCUGCACGAAGCUUCAAGCGAACUGUCAACCGGGCGUCACAGCCUUCAUCGUGACCUCUUGGCUAGGAUACAUGAACAGCUUCGUUAAUCCUGUAAUUUACACUGUGUUCAAUCCGGAAUUUCGCAAAGCCUUCCACAAGCUGGUUAGCUUUUAGACGAAUCUCCCCGCUCGACGUGCCGUUUAUCUCGAAAGGAAGAACACAACGAGGCAUUGGACAAUCGAACAGCUCAACGUUUAAUUCGACAGAAGGUAUUUACUGUGAAUCCAAAGCUUUUUCCUACUUUUAUCGUUCCUCCUUAAACGUAAGCUUGAACGAAAUCACUUGUCGCGAUUGUUUCUACAGAGAAUUCCUUUAGCAAAUUUUCUAUAAAUUUUCUUAGCGAAACAAAAGGAAUUUCUUAAAAAAAAAAUAAAAUUAAGCUGCACAUUGUCCGCGAAUUGUUUGAUAGAAAUCUUCAGACCACCGUUUAUAUUCUUUUCUCGUUAUUCGUCGUUAUUCGAGUUCCUGGCGAUGCGGAUAUCGAAGGCAGCGUGCGUCGAUGUUUGAGCCGAAUUACCAAAUAAAUAUUUAGGCAAAUUAGUCGAGUAAGAGGUACGCGAAUUAACCGGAGUACUCACGGUGUCGGGCGAUCGUUCGGGGAUGAAAAGGAGAGUAUAAAGAUGAAAAGGGGUGGACCGGAGAAAAACAGCAGAUUGCACACAAGGUUGAUGGAACGCGUAUUUUUCACGAGCUAGUGAACGUUGUACCGUCUAUGUAUACUUCGUUGGAUAUUAAAUAUGCCGUGACAGUAUUACCGUAGCUCGUAAGGUAUAGCAAUAUUUUUUGGCUCAUGAACCGAAGCGCCAGCUGUUAUCACGAUAAACUUGCACGUUCUUGCGCGAUGCAGCGUGACUCGAUGCAUUUCCCUUGACUGCAACGUGAUUCAUGAAUGCAACAUUUUAUCCUUGUUCCAUUGUCAUUCCAUUUAUGAACGAUGUCCCGUGGUACUUCGAAGAACAAGCCUCCAAGUUUCUUGCACCUGAACGCGAAAAACACACGGAAACUGACAUUUGGAAGAUUGUUCUUCGAUCUUCCUUAAAAUCCGUUCUCUCGCGAGGGGGGAAAAAAAUAACAGAAGAUUCUUUGUCGAACGUGAUCGAACCGAAGCAUUUCUGAUCGAGAUUUACCGUAUUGUCUAUGCGUUAACUGCACCGAAAGCUUCUCGACCGACUCGGGAGGAAAGGAAAAUCGAUAGGAGAAAGGCGUCUGCUCAGUUUUCUGCUUCUCCUUCGGCUCCGACAGCCUCGAGGAAUUUCUCGGUAAAGACAAACAUUGCGAGCUCGAAACUCGUUCGACAGGGUAAAUGCAGGACAACACGGUCGGUGCAUCGGGAACACCUGCAUGUCCGCCGUAUCGAUAGCUCCGCUUCGUGUUGCACCCUCGCGAACACGACCAUGAAGUUUCCCGCGACCGAAUUUUCAGACAUAUCAAUAUAAAUACGAGACACGAUACCUGACUGUACAUUGGCAUCCAGAGAGACCGUAUACGCUUGCAGGCGUACAGGCUGUUUCAAAGUUAAAUAAUCAAAAACUUGAAGUAUACAAAUUCUAUUUCAAAAAAGGUAUACACGUUGAACAAUGCAUUCCAGAAAAAUUGCCUCGCUGAAAGUGAGCAAACUUCAUAAUUAUAUCAUUCUUACGUCCUUCUAUGUCAUUUUUCCACUCACAAUUCGGGUCUGUGACUCGUAGAAAUUUGACAGUUUAACUUUGGAACGUCCUAUAUAGAUAUGUGUGUGUAUGCGUGCGCGCGAUUGUUAAAGAAAGAAAACACGAAACAAAGGGAAAUAACACUCGCGUUUUAAACGUGGAAGGUUGACGAGGAAGAAAAGGUUCGCGUGAGCCGCGCCGUUGCAAUAACGUCUACAAUCAAAGCUUUUUACUCUAUAUGGGUUCUAUGAACGCGCUGUAUCACUUAGUCUUAAGCUUCCGAUGUAUAUUUGUAAAUAACGUAGAAAAUAACGAAUUGUUCGAGCUGUGCGACGGAUCGCAAGAGGCGAUACUGGUCGAUUGCCGCUAAACAGAUAGAUAUACCACCGCAAUUAUUACGUAUUAGGAUAAACGAUAAAUGGUGUCGCUAAAUGGCUAGAAGUGAAGAAAUAGGGAAAACUUUUUCCUCGAUAAAUUGUGAUAAAAGUUAGGUUCUCUAUCCUCGGUUGUACCUGAUUUCGAGAUUAAAUAUUCCGAUGAUUUAUGACCGUUUUAAAUAGUUGGUAGCUGGACUCGUUUAACUUUCAAGCUUCCCUUCGUCGAUGAAAUCUCGCAAACGUGAACGGACGGAAAUUAAAUCUGGAUUCAGGAUGGCGGGCAUCGCGCAGGAUCAAAGAACGACGUAGCUUUCCGUUUACAUGAAUUUUCUUAAUUCACGUGGCGAGUUUCUGAAAGGGGUAGCCAGCCAGGCGAAUUCAUUUCGUUAGAGAAAAUCUUUGUCGACGCGCUGAACAACUUUCCGCCCUUUUCGGUAACGACUCAAGGAACAUUUCGCCCCGUUAUUCGAACCGGCGACAUUUUCAAGCGCGACACGAUUCACGAUAGAUCCCACCGCGUGCCAUUUCACGGCGUCGCGACGCCUCGCUUCGCUGAGAUAAAGGAACCUUACCGUGGAGCCUGUGGAUUAUUAAUCGGCCAACUUCCUAUGCUUCGCUCUCCCGAUCGUUAACAGCGAGUUAAUAGCGAAACUUCCGAGGAUUUAUCACGGGAAACUUGAAAAAGAUCCGCUAAGAGUUUACUUCCACUUCUACGGGAACAGUUUAAUCGAAACGCGAAUCAACAAAAAUUUGUCCUCUUUACAGGGUGCUUAAAAGGAAGCGUUCGGGACUUAGGAGAUUGAUUGCUAAAACUUGAAAAAAUUCACUUUCCAUCGAGUAGUAUCAACCUUUUUCGAUGCUACGUUUCCUUUCGACCGACGAAUUUGCGACGAAGCAGACGUACGAUUUUUGAAAAAUAAAUUACAUUCAUUUGCUAAGUGUUUCCGCUUCGAGCGAAACCAACACGCUUACCUGUCAUAUCGCAGCUGGAAAAAUGUUGAAAAAGAUUUCUACGAUCCUGCGUGGAAUAUCGCUGUAUUUUUCUAACCCGCUACGUUCCCUUCAUUGUAUAUAUUAAUGUGUACGUACCACGGCGAGUGUGUCUGAAUUAUGCAAGGAAACUUACGCGACUAGGCGUUGUACAUCUGUGUAAAUAUAUUAUAUAUCUAGUCGAGAAAGAGCGCGAGAGUGUAUACGAGUGUCUGCGAACGAGUUUCCAAGGAUUCAAACGUGAACUCUAGUUAAGGAAACUUUCAGGAACGAGUCAUUUCGGAAGGGGUUGUUCCCUGCCUCCCUCGAGGCGCGAGAAUACCAACCGUACGCGUGAAGAAAUUAAAUGAAACGAUUAAGUGUCCAUUGAGAAGGAGUGCGUGUGUACGUGUGCUAAGUGAGCGAAAGAACUACGUUUUUCCUAUGAAUUUCUUAAUUAUUACUACGAAUGGUCUAUACAGGGCAUAGAUGUAAGAGACGAGUCUUUAAUUUGCCGAAAUUAUGGUUAAGCGAAAGAAAAAUGAAUAUAUAAAACGCUGUAUGUACCGAUGGCAAUACCUAUACAUAUUCACACGGACACGAUCAUUCAGAAACACGAGAAAUCGAACACACGGACACUUGUUAAAAUUAAUAAAACAUAGUAUAAAUUACGUGA